AUGAACCGCACAAUCGUCUCAUCAUCAAGCUUGUUCAUAAGAGCUGCCACCUCUUCCCAACAGCGUAACAUGGCCACCUUGAAAGAAUUGAAGGUUCGUCUUGGAACUGUCAAGACCAUCUCCAAGUUGACCAAGACUCUGCACAUGGUGGCUUCAUCAAAGCUGCGUGCUGCUGAGAAGAAGGCUGAGGAGCUCGGAAGCUUCAACGACGGCCCAGCCAAGUUGCUGGCCCCAAUCACCUCCAUCGAGGGUUUGGACCCACAAAACACAGGCGAGGAGCGUUCAAACAAGCAGAUCGUCAUUGGUAUCACCACCGACACUGGUAUGUGUGGUCCAGUCAACCACAACGUCGUGCGUCUCACCAAGGGACUGCUCAACGCCGACACUGCCCACCAGAUGACCGUCAACUUCUCUGGUCUCAAGGGCGCCGUCGCCAUCGGCCAGACCCACCCCGCCUCCCUCGCCUCGUCCGCCCGUGACUUUGGCAAGAUGGACUACUCGUUCCCCGAGUCUCUGAUCUUCUUGAACAACAUCAUCAAGCUCAUCCCCAACUUUGACGCCGCCACCAUCGUCUUUAACAAGUUCAAGAACGCCAUGGUCUACAACGUCGCCACCGCCUUUGUCCCAGGCUACAACCUGUUGGAGCAGCACCGCGACAAGUUCGACGCCUACCAGACGUCGGAGGACCGCAGCGCCACCAUGAAGGACUUGUCCGAGUUCUCGCUGGCCACCACCUUCUGGGUCGGUCUCUUCCAGAACCGUGCCUCUGAGACUGCCGCCCGUAUGAUUUCCAUGGAUAACGCUUCCAAGAACGGAGAGCAGAUCUCCCAGGCCCUUUCACUCCAGUACAACAGAGUCAGACAGGCUAUGAUCACUUCCGAGUUGAUUGAGAUUACUUCUGGUGCUGCUGCCAUCGAGGAGGGUAAC